CGUCUGCCUGCGCCGGCCGCGGCGGGAUGAGCGGGUCGGCGCCGCCGGGGGCCGCGGGCGGUCCGGGCGGGAUUCGGGGGCUGCGGGUGGACGGGCUGCCCCCUCUGCCCAAGAGCCUCAGCGGGUUGCUCAACUCCUCGUCGGGCGGCGGCGCGUCGGGGGGCUGGCGGCACCUGGAGCGGCUGUACGCACAGAAGUCCCGCAUCCAGGACGAGCUGAGCCGCGGGGGCGCGGGGGGCGGCAGGGGCCGAGCCGCGGCGGUGCCCCCUAAGCCCCCCAACCUGGACGCCGCGCUGGCGCUGCUCCGCAAGGAGAUGGUUGGCCUGCGACAGCUGGACAUGUCCUUGCUCUGUCAACUGUACAGCCUCUACGAGUCAAUUCAGGAGUAUAAGGGUGCCUGCCAAGCGGCCGCCAGCCCAGACUGCACUUAUGCUCUGGAAAAUGGCUUCUUUGAGGAGGAGGAAGACUAUUUCCAGGAGCAGAGCGCUCUCCAGGAUGGGAGGGAACGAGGGACUCCGCGGGACUUGUCGCUGCCUGUCUCCCCCCUCUCCAGCAGUGACUGGAUUCUGGAGUCCAUCUAGAGGGCCUCAGGAGGAAGGCAACUGUUGGGGAAACCCUUACCACUGGACAGACUCUCCUCUCGCAAAUGCAUCUUUCCAGAGAGCUGCUCUGCCAUUCCGUUGUGGAUGGUCCUCAGGCACGUGGGAUAGUGCUGCCAGUUUAAUGUGGAGGCAGGAAGCUCUCUGUUGACGCAUGGUGGCAGUCUGUGUUGAUGGUCAGAGUUUCUGCUCAGGCAGACCUAGUGGAAUGGCCAUAUCCCCGGCACCCCUGUAUUGAGGCACUGCUGCUGAGGAUUUAUGAUGAUGUAUGAGAGGAUCCUCAUCAGACAUCUUAGUGGGUGCUAGUUACCUCCUCACAGAUGGUAGCUUAUUUACACCCUCUUUCUUGUAGGGUUCCUGCCUGGCUUGGGAUGUAUAAAAACUAAAAUUUCACUGCUCCCUUUCCUCAGUUCAUUCUACAGCUUUUCUUGCUAUUUAAAUGAGCUUUUAAGCCUCCUGGUUAAGCUUUAUUUAUUUGCGACACUAAACUGUCCAGGUGACUCAGUGAAAGCUUUUUACUGAUGAAACAUUUCAGAUUACACCAGUCAACUGCCUUUUCUGAAUCUAUCAAAAAGCUUUAUAUCAUUCUUUGUCCAUCAGAUAUAAGUGGAAGGAAGAUAAUAUGCAGAUAUGUUAAAUGGCAAAAAACACAAAUAGGUAAGCUAAUGUUUUGUAUCAUUCAUUGUAAGAUGGUAAGCUUUUUUUGUUUUGAAAGAUUCUCAGUGUAAACUAGUAUGUGAGAAAGCAAACUACCCUCCUUUGCUCAAAACAAUGUUUACCUUAAGCCUUAAUAUAUUUAUUAAAAUACUUUAUGACAACUUUACACUAUAUGUUAAAAUGUUUAAAAUGUGGAAGUGUCUGUCUGUAGUUAUAAUUUUUGUCUGUGUAGAAUCAUCAACUUUCAUAACUUGAAUGCAAAGAAUCAAAUCAAAUGUACUGAAAAAAGUUAUAAUUUGUUUUCUUGCAAUUAAGAAUCUGAAAAAAGCUUUAUACCUUUUGAUUUGAUUCUUGAAUAGUUUUAUUAAUAGUAGACACCUAUUUAUAGCAAGGUCUCAGCACUGUUCAGUUUUUGAAUCCUCCAGACCCCUUGCUUCUCUUUAAUCUUUAGGUGAGAUAAUUGCUUAUUAGCACCUCUUUAGGGUUAUGGAGAGGAAAUAAAACUCACAAGUGCUGACAACCCAUUAUGUACAUGCCCCUGUGUUAGGGACUGGGGCCAGAUACAAAGAAAAAAGAGUAUCCUGCUUAUUUCCUCUGUUGGAGAGAGUAGUUAAAAUGAGAGAUGUUAAAUUACCUUCAGCAUGUGAGUUAUCUGUUUCUUGAGGAAGAGAAAAUUGAAAGUGAUAAGACUGGUUAGGUCUGGUCAUUUGCAGGAACCUGUUCAUUUGAAGCUGUACCCCUGCUUAUCAAACGAAUUGAAACUUAGGUCAAUUGUUGUGUACCCUGAUCACAUCAGAAUCACUUGGGGAGUAUGCCAGUUUGAAAGUAUUAUGUCCCCCCAAACACCAUUAUCUUUGAUGUAAUCUUGUGUGGGCAGACCUAUCAGUGUUAAUUAGGUUGUAAUUCUUUGAGUGUUU